CAUUUGAAAGACGAAAGUAAGAAAACAGUGAUGGUGACAAAUCGCUUGUUUGUGAAAAGCAUAUAAAAUCAUUAUAACAAGAUUAACAACAAGAUAAAAUCAUAUAAGUUAAUAGGCAAUACCAUUUUUUCUUUAUGUAAAACAUAUACGAACAGUUUCCAUAUUAAUAAAUUGAAUAAUACAAAUUCAUAAGUUUCAUUAAUUAUUGCAGUAAAAAAUGGGGAUCUUUGGAACCUCAUCACCGUUUGACCAGGACGUUGAACGUGCAACCAGCGAAAACAACACCAGUGAAGAAUGGGGUCUAAUCCUAGAAAUAUGCGACCGCGCCGGCGCCAGUGCGACCAACUCGCGGGACUGUCUCCGCGCUGUCAUGCGUCGGUUGGCCCACCCUGACCCUCAUGUUCAAGUUCACGCCGCCACCCUACUAGAUGCUUGUAUCUCCAACUGCGGAAAGAUAUUCCACCUCGAAGUAGCGUCCAGAGAGUUCGAAAUGGAGUUCCGUAGACUCCUCUCGCGCGCACAACCGGCGGUGUCUCAGAAAUUGAUGUCUCUACUCCGUAAAUGGGCGGAGGGUGAAUUCCGUAAUGACCCCCAGCUGGAUCUCAUACCGUCACUGCAUAAUAAAUUGUGCUCAGAGCUGGGGGAGAAGACAAGUGUUCCGACUACUGAAGCUCAGCAAGCUACCAAAGACGCAGCCGCUCAACGUGAGCAAGAAGAACUAGCCCGGGCUAUCGCCCUAUCCCUCCGUGAAGCAAACACCUCCACAUCAGCCAGUACAGCGCUAUACCCAAAGGUGGAAGCAACUGAUGCACCAGCCCCUACUCCCACUCCUGCGAGAAAGGUCCGAGCGUUGUAUGACUUUGAGGCGGCUGAAGAUAAUGAAUUGACGUUCAUGGCGGGAGAGAUUGUGCAUGUCACCGACUCCAGUGACCCCAACUGGUGGAAGGGAUACAAUGAACGCGGCGAAGGCCUGUUCCCAGCUAAUUUUGUUACAUCUGAUCUCACAGAACCUGCAACAGAAGCGGAAACGCGCCCAGCGACAUCUAGCGGCAAGACGGUGCAAUUCGCGACUGAAACACCAGUACGCAUUGACGAAUCUUCCAUGGACGAAGCAUUGUCACUGUUGCAUGAAGCCGACCCUACGGGCGAGACGCAGGAUGAUGUGAGGCUGUCGGAGUUGGAAGCGAGGGUGUACGCUAUGGGCCCGUUGGUUGAUACGGAACUAGAGCGAGCAGAUAGACGUCAUGCAAGACUGACGCAGUUGAGCGCGGAAUUGGUGGACGCGCUGAACCUAUACCACGAGCUGAUGCGCGACCCGAAGCCGAUGUACGUGCCGUACGUGCCGGUGCCGCUACCGCAUCAAAUGCCGCACCAGAUGCCGCACCCGCACACGUUGCCGCACCAGCUGCCGCACCAGCCGCAGCCGCAACCGCCGCAACCGCAGCAACCUAGAUGCUGAUCAAUCCACGGCUUUAAUGUACAUAGAGAAGCCCGCGUCCAAACUGUUAAGUUAAUUAUAAAUUAUUAUCACAUUCUAUAGCAUUAUUAUAAUUAUAAUAAUAUAAUACAAAAUUUUCCCUCUUUUUCUGUUUGUAUUUUUAAUAGUUUUGUGUUUAUGGUGCAAGAUGUAACUCAAAAGAAAAAUAUGACACGAAUAUAUUAGUGUUUUAUUUUUUAAUUAGAAUAUUAGAAAGUAAAUUUCAAUCCUUUGUUUUUUUAUGUUAAAAUAAUAAAUAUGUCUUUAAAAUUCCAAAUAAUAAUCUUUCAACUGUGAUAUUGUAUCAUUAUUUUGGUAUUUUUUUAAGUAUUAAAAAUUAUAUGAAUAUACACAAAGCAGUUGAUUGAAUUUUUGACGAACGUUCCCUAAAACAACGGAGAUUCUCAAAUCUUUUUUUUGGUAGCAGUUUUCUGUAUAGUAUUAUUUUAUAUUAUCUAAAAAUUAUUGUUAUUACAAUAUUAUAUUUGAAUAAAAGUCACGUUUUAUAAAAAAAUAGUUUAAUAAUUAGUAAAUUUAUAUAAACUGAAGAAAAAAAUAAGAAUGCGAAGAUAUCAUUCCAGUCAUUCAUACUCUUGGUCAUAUUAUUUUUCCAAUACGUAAUAAUUUUAUUAUUAGAAAUAGAAAUUGCAAUAUGUCUUAUAAUGCAAAAACAAAUCUAUUAGAAUUACAAUAUAAAUAUUACAAACAUAA